AGACAGCAGAGGCAACAGGGGACAUAGCAAAGGAAAGACACAAGCAGAGAGAACCAGAAGGACCCAAAAAGGGGCAAGGAACGCAACACUCGUCCACCGAGCCACAGAGGCAGCUGGAGCCAGCCCUGGGAGAAGCUCGCUGCCUGUCUGUCCCCAUGGGCCACCGGGGGCCAUGGCUGCACACUUCUCUCCUCUGGGUGGCCGUGGCCAGUCUGCUCCUCCCCCCUGCCAUGACCCAGCAGCUGAGAGGGGCUGGGCUGGGCCCCAGCAACUGGAACAACAAUGCGGGAGUCGUGGGGCCCUCAGAGGACGUGUCUGGUGACUUUGGCCACCCCACGCACAGCCACAGAGGCCACAGAGAUGAGAACGAGGACGUCUCCAGGGAGUACAGUCACGGAGACCACAGGUACCAAGUCCACGAGGUCAGAGAAGAGAAUAUCCCGGAUGAGGAGGUCUUCACCGAACAUGCUCGGCAGGCUUAUGGGCACAGAGGCCAUGGGAACGAAGAUGUGGAUGAUUCAGACGAGCCCGGACCCCACUUCCCCAGCCACAGAAGCCAGGGCCACCAAGAUGAGGAUGAGGAAGGAUCCAGCAAGGAUCACCAUCAUACCAUCAGGCACAUCCAUGGAGGCCACGGAGAAGAGGAUGAUGAAGAUGAGGAGGAAGGGGUGGUCUCCACUGAGUAUGGACACCAGGCCCACAGGCACCAAGGCCACGAGAGGGAAGAGGAUGAAGACCUCUCAGAUGAACAUCCCCAUCAUGUCCCCAGCCACAGGCACCGAGGCCAUGGAGAAGAAGAAGGUGGUGAUGAUGAUGAUGAUGUCAUCUCCACUGAAUACGGACACCAGGCCCACAGGCACCGAGGCCACAGGAAGGAAGAGGAUGAAGACCUCUCAGAUGAACACCACGAUCAUAGCCCCAGUCACGAACACCGAAGCCCCAGAGAAGAUGAGGAAGAGGACACGUUCACUGAGGAUGGAUACCAGGCCCACUGGCACCGAGGCCAUGGGAGGGAAGAGGAUGAAGACAUCUCAGAUGAACACCAUCACCAUAUCCCCAGCCAUGGACACCGAGGCCAUGGAGACGAAGAUGGGGAUGAGGAUGAGUCUACCGAACACUGGCACCAGAUUCCCAGACAUACUCACCUUGGAGAUGAGGAGGAAGAGGAAGAGGAGGUCACAGUCACGUUCAGCCACCACGUUGCAAGCUCCCAACACCCGGGCCCCGAGAGCACGGAGGAGGACGACUUUCCAGAUGAAUAUAAGUCAGUAGCCCCUGCCCAUAGAGUCCCCAAGGACGAAGACGAGGACAUCUCUGACAAGCUUGGUCACCAGGCUCCCAGCCACAGGCAACAAGGCCACCAAAAUGAAGGGCCUGGCCACAGAGGGUCUGCGGAAGAUGAGAUUAGCCACCAGCCCCUGGAACACAUGGGGGUCAAGGAUAGAAGCCAUUUGAGGGAGAGAGAUUCUGAGGAUGGAGAGAAGAAGGAAGACCGGAGCUCCCACGAGGAAGACGAUGAAAGCUCAGAACAGGGAGAAGGCACCCGCCAUGGCAGCCUAGAUGAGCAGGAUGAAGAAGAUGAGGAGGAAGGUCAUGGCCUCAGCCUGAGCCAGGAGGAGGAGGAGGAAGAGGAGGAGGAAGAGAAGAGGGAAGGGAAGGCUGAGGUUCAGACCCCACUGAGCCAAGACCACCGGGAGGGGGAAGAGGAGGAGGACGGGCUGGAGGAAGAGGAGCUCCCCUUCACCAUCAUCCCUAACCCGAUGGCCAGGAGGGAGGUGGCCGAGGGUGGCUCCAGUGAGGAGCAGAGUGGCGAGGACACGGAUCUGCAGGGGGCCCAGGAGUACAGCAACUACCAGCCUGGGUCCCUGUGCGGCUACUGCUCCUUCUGCAAUAGAUGCACUGAAUGUGAGAACUGUCACUGCGAUGAGGAGAACAUGGGGGAGCACUGCGACCAGUGCCAGCACUGCCAGUUCUGCUACCUCUGCCCUCUGGUCUGCGAAACGGUCUGCACGCCGGGAAGCUACGUCGACUAUUUCUCCUCCUCCCUGUACCAAGCCCUGGCGGACAUGCUGGAAACUCCGGAACCCUGACCAUGGGGCUGCGGUGCAGACGCACCUGCCUGGCCCUCCGACCCCUUCCCAUGAGCCAUAUUUAUUGAAUUGCAGUAUGAAUAAACAUGCUCCCCGAAACCUCGUCGUCAGGCGUGGGGUCCGGAUUCUCGGGGCACCAGGGAAGGAGCG